UGAAGCUAUGGGGGAAGGGCAAGCAAAAUUUUGUACCGCCCCUCUUCCUGUUCUGGCGCGUGCGCAUACGUGUGGAGUGGGGCCAGAUGGUACAGCGGGAACACUGUUGGUCUCAGGGAGGCUUUAGUGGAAGGUGUGAUUUUGAAGUGGCUGGAAGCACCUUGGUGGCAGGAAAAGGAGGUGCAGAUCCCUCCCCCAACCUUAUUCAUCUCAUAGCAACAGGCGUCACAUCGCUGUGAAAACAUGAACCAAGAUUUCAAACCUGGAGACUUGAUAUUUGCUAAGAUGAAAGGUUAUCCCCAUUGGCCAGCCAGGGUGGAUGAAAUUCCAGAUGGAGCAGUAAAACCUCCUAUCAAUAAAAUGCCUAUAUUCUUUUUUGGCACUCAUGAGACGGCAUUCUUGGGACCAAAGGAUAUCUUCCCUUAUUAUGAAAAUAAAGAAAAAUAUGGCAAACCAAAUAAAAGAAAAGGCUUUAAUGAAGGAUUAUGGGAAAUUGACAACAAUCCCAAAGUGAAAUUCUGUCAUCCGCAGUCAUCAAGUAAACAGGAUAAUAAUUUACCUACAGAAGACAAAGAGAUGGAUACUGUCAAACUGGAUGAUGUCCCGUUUGAAAAACUCAGUAGCAAAGAUGUGAUGAAAACAAAUGAUAUAUGCAUUCCUGAAGUCGCUAGAAGAGGAAGGAAGAGAAAGGCUGAAAACCAAGCUGAAGCUGCAGAAGCUGUGGUGGUAGCAGCUGCAGUGGCUGUGGCUCCAAAAGUAAGCCCUAAAAGAGGAAGACCAGCAGCUACUGAAGCAAAGGUUCCAAAACCAAGAGGGAGACCCAAAUUGGUGAAACCACCUUGUCCUUCAGAGAUCGACAUUGUUCAUGAAGAGGAGAAGACAAAGAAAAAAGGACUGGAAGAAAAGCCCCAAAAACAAGGGAAAAAACAUGAGGAGAGUCAGAAGGAAGAAGACAAAUCGAGGAAGGAAUUUGAUAGAAGAGAAGCAAAGAGGGAGACUGAACCAAAAAGGAGAAAUACUUCCCAAGCAGAUUCUGCAUCAGCAUCUGAUUCUGAAGAGGAUGAAGGAGAACAGGAAGGUGAUAAGAAGGAAAAAGGAGGGAGAAAGUUUCAAGGAGCUCAUAGAAGAAACAUGUUACAAGGCCGACACGAGAGAGAACUGACAGAAAGAAAGUGUAAGCAAGAGGAGCAAAAGGAAUCUGAGCUGCAAAAUAAAGAAGAAGUUAAGAAAUCAGAAGUUAAGAGGACUGAGAAGAAGAGAGAAACAUCAAUGGAUUCUAGGCUUCAAAGGAUACAUGCAGAAAUUAAAAACUCACUCAAAAUUGAUAAUCUAGAUGUGAACAGGUGUAUUGAGGCUCUUGAUGAGCUUGCUUCCCUUCAGGUCACAAUGCAACAAGCGCAAAAACACACAGAGAUGAUUUUGACUCUAAAGAAGAUACGGAAGUUCAAAGUUAGCCAAGUUAUCAUGGAAAAAUCUACGAUGCUCUAUAACAAGUUCAAGACCAUGUUUCUAGUUGGAGAAGGAGAUUCUGUUCUCUCACACAUACUAAAUAAAUCACUUGCUGAGCAGAAACAGCAUAAGGAAACACAAAAACUCAAAGAACCUUGGAAGAAAGGUCCUAUCAAAAAAACAGAAAAGGAAAAAGAACUAGCAGGUGUGAAGACACUAAAUGGAGGGUAUGAAACUCAGGACAUCAACCAAUCACAACAGGAUGGAGAGAACACUAAGGAAAAGAAAGAGAAAUGAAGUUGGCACUAAGAGAAAGUGAGUUAAUAACAUCAGGUGAAGAGAGAGAGCUGGAAAAUCCAAAGGAAUCCCUUUGAAAAGUAAUGAAAACUAACGAUGCUGCUGGAGUUUGGUUUUUUUUUUAAUAUAAAAUAAAAGUUAUUAAGUUUUGCAUUUGAAAUCUACGGACCAAAAGUUUUAAAAAUUUUAUGAGCAUAAUAUUUUAAUGUUAAAUUUUGUGGAAUAACAGCCCCUUUGAUCUUCAUUUGAAAAAUAUUUAAAUGCUUUGCUGAUGGUUUUAUCUAGUAUUAAUAAACAAUACACAUAUCAAAAUCCCAUUAAGAAAACAGGAGACAGAGUUGUAGUAUGUUUUAUGUUUGUCCAGUUAAUAGCAGGAAAGAACGUAAAUAGUUUUUCAACUGCUUGAUUGCUUCAUUUGUAUAAAACAUACUCUCUUCCAGUCAUACUGACCUGUUAGUGUGUAGUUUUUCGAUGUGUCAGGAUGGCUUUUUACUGUGUUUUGUAUGAGUUGGAAACAUUGUUUUUAUAGCAGUUAAUGUUAAAGUUCAGUUUUCUUCUUGUAAAACAUUGUACCAAGCGAUGCUAUGUACCAAUUGUACCAGUUUAUGCUGUGUGAAUUCUCAUAGUGUGCUUUUGGUAUUAUAGAUGUCAUACUAGGAAGAAAUAUGGUGUUUUCACUGAACCUAUUGAUGAUGCACAUUGGUUAGAAAACGGUCUUAAAUGCUUUAAAAAAAAAAAUUAAAGUCUUUAAGAAUCGA